AGUUUGUUUUGGUCUGGAACGUACAAGGCUGUCCAUUCGUAUUCUGAUUUUGAUCUUCGAUUCACUACCUUGAAGUUUUAGUCGUUCAUACAAUAGGCAAAAAGGAGAGAGAAAAAUGUAACACUGAAUCUAUAAAACUUUUGAUGAAAGAUGCAAAAUUACGUGGUUUGAAGGUUGUGUGCUAUGACGACCCAGAUGAUGUCCGACACAUUCUAUGCACUGAUCAUCCAAAUGCGAAACAAUGCAGAUUUAAAGGUCUACUUGGUGACGGACAAGAUUAUAGACAAUGGAAAACGAUUGGCAUUACCUUAGCAGUGGUUUCAUCUGUGUUGCUCAUUGUGGUCACUAUCAUACUAGCGAUAUAUGUACACAAAGUACAUUGUGGAAAAAAAGSCGAUGAUACACUUGUCCUUACACGAAACGCCUGAUUAUUUGACAAUUUAGAAACUGUGGAGUAGAUAUCCCGAGACAUUCGGCACAACAAGAGUAAAGCUAACCCCCUUUUACUUCUUAUUUCUUCCCCUCYAUAACUGAAAUCAUAUYCAUCGAAAGGCGCUUGAACGCUUCCUUAGCUUGCUUCAUUGUAUUAUUUUUUUAGUUUUAAUUCCAGUAUGCAAGAAAGUCAUUGCAACUGUGUUAAAAGUUAYGUAAAUUAUCAUAGAGUAAAGCAUUUCUGAAAUACUUACACGUGAUCAUGAAAKGCGUGUUUUGGUCUGGAGUGUUUUGAGUUGAAAACCUGAGAAAUAGUUAUUAUAAUAAUCCACAGGAGAAGAAGAAAGCGGAUCCGUAAAUAUAUAAAUAAAUAAUCAAUGAAAAACAAUGAUCAACCAACCCCUAAAACGAUGACAAACAAAAGGCAAAAUAAGCAGAAAAAAAAUAAUGAAGGAAACUUUUUGCGCACAACACUAUACUUCUUGAAAAGGAAACGUUUGUAURAGUACAAAUCAAUUUACGUUAUUUCAUAUAUAUUAUUGUGUUGGAUGCGUCAAUACAUAUAGUCAGUCUGUACUAGUUAGCAAGUAGCUUAAUAUAGAGUGGUUUUCAUAAACCCGUGAAA